CAGCAGCAGCACCAGUGUGUGGCGCGCUAUACAUAGCAGGCCGCGCCUCCGCAAAUAGGCGAGCUGGCCGGACAGUGAGGCGAGCGGAUCGGCUCCCAGGCCAGUGCUUGCCACGAGGGGCCACACACCUGCCGCAGCACUCCUCUGCCGCUCCGAAGUCGGCUGCGGGCAUGCAGAAGAAGAAGAGCGGCAGCGGUGGGGGCGGGGGCGGGGGCAGCGGAGGCGGCGGGGGCGCGCGGAAGGCGCAGGCGGCGCUGGAGGAGGAGCUGCGCGCCAUGGCCGGCUCGCCCGACGACAAGCUGGCGGCCGCCUGCCAGAGGGCGGGCCGCGCGCUCGCGGACAACGCCAGGCUCAAGGAGGUGGAGGCCCAGCUGGAGGAGCAGCUGGUGAGCACGCAGAAGGAGCGCGACCACAUGCAGGUGGAGCUGCACAAGGCCAUGCGGGCCCGCACACAGCUCGAGAGCCUCUGCCGCGAGCUGCAGAAGCAGAACAAGGCCAUCAAGGAUGAGAACCUGCAGAGGAUCCGCGAGGAGGAGGCGCGCCACCGCGAGAUGACGGACAAGUUCCAGAAGAUGCUGGCCGAGGUGAGCGCGCAGGUGCACGUCAACAACAGCAGCACCAGCCAGCUGCGCGACGACAACUGCGAGCUGCAGCGACGCUUCCAGCAGCUUGUGGAGCAGCAGCGCCUCCGCGACCAGCAAGUGGAGAAGAUGUCGAAGCAGCUUGAGCUGGAGACGCAGCUGCACAACGCCCAGAUGGCAGAGCUGAGGAUGCAGGCCAACCUGGAGAAGGAACAGCUGCUCAGGGAGAAGCAGCAGCUGCUCAACGACGUGAUGAAGUACGAGGAACAGGUGCACGCCAUGGAGCAGACGGAGGAGAACCUGCGCAGCCAGCUGGCGCUCUACGCCGAGAAGUUCGACGACUUCCAGACCGCCAUGACGCGCAGCACGUCCGUCUUCAACAAGUUCAAGGAGGACAUGGAGAAGAUGAGCAAGAAGAUCACGCAGCUGGAGAAGGAGACAGCGUCGUGGCGGAGCCGCUGGGAGAAGAGCCACGAGUCGCUCCAGCAGAUGGCGGGCGAGCGGGACCAGCAGGGUCGGGAGCUGGAGCGCGUCACGCGGCAGUCGGCGCAGCUGGAGAAGCUGUGUCGCACGCUGCAGGCCGAGCGACAGCUGCUCAUGAGCCAGCUCGCCGCCGUCCCAGGUAUGUCUGAUUCAGCUGACCCCGUCCCAGAGGUCAACAUGGAGGCUGCGUCGGAGGGCAACAUGGACCCUGUCCCAGAGAGCAGCAUGGACGCUGUCUCGGGGGGCAAAGUGGAGACUGCCCAGGAGGGUAACGUGGAAGCUGUCCAGGAGGGAAAUGUUGAGACUGUUCCAGGCUGCAACGUAAAGGCUGUUCCGGAUGCCAAAACGGUGUCGGUACUGGACAGCAGCAGUGAAGGAAAGACGAGCGGCGGCGAAGACAUCGACCAGUGAAGGACCGCGUGGCCACUGGGGAGAGAAAAAGUGACGAGCGCGUGUGGCGCUGUCGUCGCACCCUUUUGUCCCCGCGCUUUGUCUACGACUCUGUAUCCAAUGUACUUUGUAAUGUACUAUAUCUAAAUUAUUCAGUACACUAUGUAUAGUCUAAUAAAAUUGCUACGAAACGA